GAUGUUGAUGCCUAAUUUUAAAGACCCGUCAGGCUAUUGUAAUAAUUACGGUAGUCAUAAAAUAAAUAGAUGUUCUUUACUUACAUCAUUGGAAUGUACGUGCACCGGCAAAGAUAGUUCAAAUCUGAAGAGUAAGCAAGAACUUUUCUCAUCUUCCUCUGAUACCGAAAGUGAAUCGGACGACGACGACACAGAUGGAAGGUUUACUCUAGCCGACCUUUUAAAAGGGGUUUUACUUUUUGAAAAGAGGCAUUGCAAAAAUUUGAAUGCAAUGAAGAAAUUAAUAAUGAACUUUGACGGGGUUGAAGAUUUAAAUGAAACUGAUAGUGUUAAGAUUUUUGACUAUUUGAACGAUAGUCGAAAAGAAAUAAAGCAAAUUGGAUGUCUGAUUAUCGGCCAAUUAUGUAAGAAUGAGGAUAAUACAUUUAAAUUUUUAUAUCAUAGAUUAGCUGAAAGGAUGAUUGAAUUUUUAAAUAUUGAAUAUAUGAGGGAAUCAUCCCUUUUUACACUAGAAAAGAUUGCGAAACAUAAAUCUCUUGCCGAAAUGUGGAUAACUGAUGAAAAUGUUGAAAAUCUCUUUAAAGUUAUAAAGAUGUUGUUGAAAAGUUCAUGUGAUAAAGAAAUCAACUUAGCAAUUCUCAACUGUUUGAAGGCGUUUAGUUUCCAUAAGAAAUUGGCUAAUAUUAUUAUGGAUGAUACCAACACGUAUCUCCGUAAUCAGAAUCCUACAUCAAAAGAUUUUAAGGAAGUUUACGCCGAUUUAAUGGGUAAUUUAUUACUAGCGUGUGAUUCAAGCAAAAUGUCUAUACUUAAAUCAUCUGCUUUACCUCAUUGUAUAUCAAUGAUAAAAACGGGCAAUUGCUUUGAAAAGAAGAGAGCUUUACAAUUCUUUGUAUCAUUGAUGGAGGAAAAUGGUAUAGUUUGCAUCCUAGAUUCAGAUUUAAUUCAAUAUAUAAUCUCUGCUUUUCUCUUCUGCAAAUGCAGUAAAGUAGAAGAGGUUUCCCUGUUGAUUAUCUCCAAGCUAAUUUCUGCUAAGGAAAGAGACGUUCGACAAAAAGUCCUAAGAGAAAUUUAUCAUCAAUUUCGAUCAGAUGAUGAGAAUAUUAAUCGAUUUGAAUUUUUAUAUAAUAUUGUAUUCAAUCGAUUUCGAAAAUUAGCUCGAAUUGAAAAGGAUGAAUCGUCUAAAGAUGUAUUUGUUCGUUUAAUACCAAGUAUAGACGUUGAUUCUUCAACAUUAAAUCGAAUAUCAUAUUUAAUAAGAAUUAUUUACGAUUUAAUUAGCUAUGAGAAUGGAUAUUUCGAUGAUCGUUCAGAAAUUUCAAGAAUUGACGAUUUAACUGGAAAUGGAUUACUUUAUAUUAUAGAUUUACUUAGAGUUUAUUCCUUACAACCUAAAUUAACAGUAAGGUCGAUUAAUAAUGAAAUGUUGGUUAGACCAACUUCCGGUAGAAGACAAGCUCCUCAGAGUGCUUUGAACAUUCACAAUAUGCUACAAACUUCCGAAAUUCAAUUAGUUAUUGAUUUACUUAAAUUAAUUUAUUUUAUAUCAAAAUUUGGUGGAAAAAAAGUUGAAAAUCUUCAAGAUACUGUUGAACAGAAGCCUCUCGAUAGCGAACCCAUCAAAGAGGCUACUGAAGAAUGUGAAAUAUUAACGAGAUCUAUAAGAUUCCGUUUACUGCAGUCGGGUACAAUUCAAGCCGUUGGACCUUGGCUAUCGUGUCGUCACUCUAUGAUUAAAAAAUAUGCUGUCGAAAUAUUGGAAAAUCUCUCGAGUCCAGUAACAGAGAUAAGCAGACCUAUACCGCCGCCAAAGGACACAAAAGAUAGAAGUGAAAUUUUAAGAGAUGCUCUAAAUUCCAUGUCAGAGGAUAGUGCAAACAUUAUCGAGAAUGCUUUGGGAGGGAAUAUAAGAAUAAGGAGUGCCUGUGUAAAUUCAAUAAGAAAGAGAGUAACGUCAUUCCGACCAAUGUCAGCAAUAGUAAAAGGUAAAAAUGAAUUGGUGAAUGAAGUAUACACUGAAUGGAAACCAAAAAUCAAUUAUAACGAAACCAUUUUGAAUCAAUGUCUUGAACAAAUCAAAGAGUUUCUAUUACCGUUGUUAUAUAGUCUAUUAACAAGCGAUGAAGUUAUUAAAAUAUCUAUAUUACAAUUUCUAUAUACACUUUUAAAUUAUCAAACUGUAAAUAUCAUAUCAAUAACUGAUUAUGGAGGUGUAAAAGUACUUUUGGAUUGCGUAAGAAUUUGGGAUGAAGCAUCUGGAAUUGAUCUUUUAAGAAUGUAUAUUCGAAUAUUACAUGAGAUUAUCAAGAAAGAAAUGAGAGCGAAAGAAGCAUUUCUUAAAUUUGACGGUAUUAAGGUUCUAUGCUUGAAGCAACGAAUUGUUAAGGCGAAACCUUAUAUUUCUGAAUUUUUACAAAAUCUACAAACGAUAGAAACCCCGGUCUUUUCUCAGGAAAAAAAUCAACCUAAUGAUGUUUGGGCUAAGGUUCUUUGA